UUUUAUCAGUUCAGUUCACAAAAUGCGACUUAGCAGUCGUUUCCCGUCUGUUUUAUUUUUAUUAUUGUUGUUUAAAAUAUGUAAAAGUGAAAAUUUAUCAAUAAAGUGGAAUAGAAAACCACUUUUGGAUGUUUUAGAAUAUGUACAAAGAUUUUUUCAAGAUUAUAAAAUAAAUUCGAAAUACACAUCAAGAUUUCCAUUGUUGCCGCCAAUUAUUAUCGUACCAGUACAAGAGCAAAUUAUUUACAUUCAAACUGUCUCAGGAACAAAAGUUAGUGAUCAGAAUGCAAAUAUGCGCGAAAUUAUGUCACAUAAAUUAACAUCUGAUUCGACAAGUACAAACAAAGAUGAAAAUGACAUUGAAAUAUUUCGAGAUUCCUCUAAAACAGAAAAAAUUAAGAUUCUUAAUAAUCAACAAAACACAUCAAAUAACUUGAAACAAAUGACAACAGAUGAGACUACUAUAGAAACAACAGAUAUAAGUGAAGAGUUCUCAACCAUGACACCUUCUACAACUUCAAAUAUGAGUGAGUCAAUCAUGGUACAAAACUCAACAUUAAAUGGAUCAUAUCCAAACGCCGUGUAUAAAAAUGAUUUGGUAGACUCAAUUACACUAACCAACACUAUUGAAGAUAUAAGUCUUCCUCCAAUAAAUGACAAUAGAUGGCAAAAUUUUUCUUCUACCAAAAAUUCUUCUUCUAAUGAUGUUAUUAUAAACACGACAGAACAUGUAACUGGAUACCCUCUCCCCAAUACAAAAGGUUAUACUUCAGCCUGGUACAGUAAUGCAUUGAUUGAUCAGUUGUCAAUAACGACAAAUUCUUAUACCAAUAACGAACUGCCUACUUCGCAUAAAGAUGAUGAAUGGAUCCAUUCUGUCGCAGGUGAGUUUAGGCCACUAGCUGGAUUAUAUUAUGAUGGAUUUUUACAAACUCCAUUGAGAAAAGAAGAAUUUAUUCAUAGAAAUAACUUAUAAUAAUUAAAUAAAUAAUGCUAAUUCGAUAAAUAAAUGAAACUUCAAGUAGUGUUAAAAUUGUAUUUGAUACUUAAUUAAAUCAAA